AUGGGGCAGCAGUUCAGCUGGGAGGAGGCGGAGCACGCCGGGGAGAUGGAUGUGGCGGAGCUGCAGGAGUGGUACAAGAAGUUUGUCGUGGAGUGUCCCAGCGGGACGCUCUUCAUGCACGAGUUUAAGCGCUUCUUCAAGGUCACGGGCAAUGAGGAGGCCACCCAGUAUGUGGAGGGCAUGUUCCGAGCCUUCGACAAGAACGGGGACAACACCAUCGACUUCCUGGAGUACGUGGCAGCCCUGAACCUGGUGCUGAGGGGCAGCCUGGAACACAAGCUCAAGUGGACCUUCAAGAUCUACGACAAGGACCGCAAUGGCUGCAUCGACCGCCUGGAGCUUCUGGACAUUGUGGAGGCGAUUUACAAGCUGAAGAAAGCCUGCCGAGCAGAGCUGGACCUGGAGCAGCAGGGCCAGCUGCUCACACCCGAGGAGGUGGUGGACAGGAUCUUCCUCCUGGUGGACGAGAAUGGAGAUGGCCAGCUGUCUCUGACCGAGUUCAUUGAAGGCGCCCGUCGCGACAAAUGGGUCAUGAAGAUGCUUCAAAUGGACGUCAACCCUGGCGGCUGGAUCACUCAGCAGAGGCGGAGAAGCGCCAUGUUCUGAGAGCCCAGGGACCCUGCAGGGGCCCACACUGCCCUCCAAGACUCCUCCAGGGUCCCCCCAGGUUUACAACGUAGCCAGAGGACUGACCUGGUUGACUGAAGCCUGUUCCUGGUUGGUGUGGACUUCCCGACACCCCCAGAAUGGGAAAGCAACAGGCCAAGCAAUGGCUGCUGGGUCUGAAGUGGGGUUCCCUCCUUUCUUCAAGAUUUACUAGCAUUGUAGGGGUCCGACAUUACUCUGCUCCACGCCUGCUCCUGGAAGAACUGGGCUUUGACUGGGAGAUGUGGGGCUCCUACUGAUCUUUAGGUGUUCUCAGAGGAAAUGGGGCCGGUGAGGGGUUGGGUGGAUCAAAGGCUGGUAGAAUGCAGUCUGGGAGAAAGCAAGGAUGGGGAAGGAUCAUAAUGGCCCAGCCCAAGCAACCUGAACACCAUCUGGGGAGGACUCUCCCCAACUCCUCCCCAGGGGGUCCUCACCAAGGAUGACAAAAGGGAAGGCUACCUCUGCAAUCUUCCACCCUUAGAGGCCUGGCGCUUAUGGGGGACGCUUCAGCUCCUCUCGGUGCUGCUCCCCAGUUCCUUCUUCUCAUCCCAUCUCUAGUGUGAGCCUGCCACCAUCUCCAGCCAUAAGCCCACAUGCCUCCUUAAGGGUGAAGACAUCGUCUCUCCAUCUCUGGGGGGAACUUGGCAUUUGAGUUCCAGGCCAGACUCUGCCUCCGACAGCUGUUGGACUCCCUAACCUCCUGUGGGUCGACUAGACAGUUUCCAGGUUAUCGUGUAAAAGUCCUUCACGCACCCAAUAUAGAAGCUAGACUACCAGGGAACCUCUCUGCCUUUCUCUGCCUCUUUCCAUCCGUGCAGCAGGGGAAGGCACCUCAGAGGACAGGAAGUAGGACCAGUGUCACACUUAGCAAUUCUCUCUGGAGCCUGAUGGAUUGAUUAUUGGUGUUAACUUGAAUAGAUUUCAUGUUAAAAUACAGUAAACUAAGUUAUUGUCCUGGA